UAAACCAUGACCAAUAACUAUUUCCAAGUUAGCGUUUUUCUUGUUGUUAUUUAGACGUUUAUUAACACCAUGGAAUUCAAAAUAUGAUACAUUUAACUGCUCAGCAUCACAUACUUACCCCGUGUAGUCUUUAAUUUGCGUUGGAGACAGGACUUGGUUGAUAGAUAGUAUAUAGGUGACGCUAGCUAGCUGCUAAGGUUAGCUAUGGCUAACUGUAUGGUUUUCCACACUCAAAUAGCCUCCAUCAUGGAGAUGCUAGCGAAUGCAGCCGUGGCAGAGAUCUGUAAACUCGUCGAUGACGACUAUGCAGUGUUUCGUUUGGAAAUAACUCAAAGCCAGAAAGAAAACAGGGCAUUGCGGAGGAAAUUACAGCUACAGGAACUGAAGGUAGCACGGGAGCGCGUCCUCGCCAGUCGUCCCAGUAGUGUCAAGCUUGUCAACCGAUACAGAGGAAUGGCAAGAGGUGAAGGAAAUCUCACUGGUGGCCACAGGAGCUUAGUGAAGCCAGUGGGACACAAUACAUGGAGAGAUGACCAACCAAUCACUGUUGAUGAGGGGAAUGGAACCUCAACCCAGCACGUUAUUGUGAUAGAGUCUGCAGAUACAGAGGCUGCAGGUCCUGGGGUAAAGCAGGAGAGGUCUGAAGGAGAGGAGGAUCCACGACACAGCAGCGACAUCCAGACUGGAGCGCCCCAUGUAGUCACGAAGGACCCCACCACCACCCCAGCGCAGCCCAGGGACAUCAGUAGAACGCCGAACGCCAUCCUCAAGUCUGAGACAGAGACUUUAACGAGGCUGGGGAGACUGGGCUGUCCUCCUACUCCCCGCUCAGAGUAUUUACUUUACGGUAACCCUAGCCAGAGGACAGUUCUGUCCCAUCGGGACUCAGGUGAUGCGUUACAGACUGGCAAUGAUCCGACCUGUUCAUACGCUACAGAGAUGAUACCUGGUGACGUGCCUGUGGGCUUAGAUACACAGACUAAUCCAAUAAGAGGGGACUGGAACCAGUACAGUAGUAGUGUAUACUCUGAAGGGUUCCUAGAUAAGAAAGGGGAGGGUCUGAUCGUAGAUGAGGUAACUGUGAAAGAGGAGGGCGACGCUCCUCUGAUAUGGAAUGAAGACGAGACUCACUUAAGAGGACAGUCGCAGGGCAACACUAGUGACUUCUUAGACUACAGGGAAAGCUUAGAGCCAAAUCCAAAUAUCGCAACCCACUCCCCUUUACACGCGCUCAGGGAUCGCGAACCAGUGUCCACGUCGAUGGCACCUUCCGAUUCACACGGCCGCAUCCUUUUCGAUCAGGUAUUGAACUCAAACGACAAGGCUAGAGUCCAGGCUUGGGAAGUUGGAGCAACAUCCGGCGGUAGUAAAGAGAAACGGUUCUUCUGCAUGUUCUGUAACAAAGGCUUCAACUGCCCCCAGAAGGUGGAGAUCCACCAGAGGGUCCACAUAGGGGUGAAACCCUUCAGCUGUACCCAGUGUCACAUGCGCUUCUCCCAGGCUUGGAACCUGAAGAUCCACCAGAGGGUCCACACAGGGGAGAAACCCUACAGCUGUAGCCAGUGUCACAUGCGCUUUGCCCAGACUUGCAACCUGAAGAGGCACCAGAGGGUCCACACAGGGGAGAAACCCUACAGCUGCCCCCAGUGUGAGAAGAGGUUCUCCCACCAGCACCAACUGAAGAUGCACCUGAAGGUCCACACUGGCGAGAGGGCCCAGUAUUACCCCCAGACUAGCAGUAACGAGUCAUGACCUCCGUUUAAUUCCACGUGACUCACGGUAACUAGGCUACUCCAAAACUGCGCUCUGUAAAUUAAUAGCGCUGAUGGGCGUUAGAAGCCUGCCAAACUUGCUAACAGCAUCAAUUCGCUAAUAGCCUGAUACUCAGCGCUCUAGUUUAAAUGAUAAAGUGUUGAAUUCUGAAAAUGCAUGUGUAUUGACCAUGCCAUUCAAUUUCAAGUUCCACAUUUUUGUAUUUAAAUAGACUCACUGAAACUCUGCAAAAAAAUAAACUGCCCUUUUUCAGGACCCUGUCUUUCAAAGAUAAUUCGUAAAAAUCCAAAUAACUUCACAGAUCUUCAUU